AUGACCUUGAAACCCGAUCCUUCGAUUUCAACAGAAGCGGUUGAAAAUAUAAGAACUGUGGCUUCAUUAACUAGUGAAGAUGCAUUCUAUGAGAGAUAUAAUGCAAGUUUGAAUGGUCCAUACAGGGACUCUCUAACAAAAGCCCCACUAUAUGGACUUAUCUAUGGAAUAGCCCAAUGUGCAAACUUCUUUCUCAAUGCAACAAUCUUCAGAUUCGGGGCAUGGCUCAUUGCUAAUUGUUAUACAAACUUUGAAAAUGUAUUUAUAGCCUUUUUUUCAGUUCUAUAUGGUGUUAUAAGUGUUGGGCUGUCCACUUCUUUGGCACCAGAUUUUGGCCAAGCUAAAGUUUCUGCCCAACGAAUCUUUCAGCUUUUGGAUUGGAAACCCUUAAUUGACAGCUAUAGUGAAGAGGGUACAAAACUGAGUCAAUUUGAUGGCAACAUUGAAUUCAGGGACAUCCAUUUUGUAUACCCUACAAGACCAGAAGCUCAAGUUUUGCAAGGAUUCAGCGUGAAGGUUAAUAAAGGACAGACGCUAGCCUUGGUGGGGAGCAGUGGUUGUGGCAAAAGCACAUCCAUUCAGCUGCUGGAGAGAUUUUAUGACCCUAUGGCCGGACAAGUGUUUGCAGAUGGGUUUGAUACCAAGUCUUUGCAUUUGCAGUGGUUAAGGUCCAAAUUGGGUAUUGUGUCACAGGAGCCUAUUUUGUUUGACUGCAGCAUUGCUGAAAAUAUCCAGUACGGAGACAACAGUAGGGUUGUCAGCCAGGAGGAAGUUGAAGAGGCAGCUAAAGCAGCAAAUAUUCACACCUUCAUAGAAAAUCUCCCAGAGAAGUAUAAUACCCGAGUGGGUGACAAAGGAGCACAACUUUCUGGAGGUCAGAAACAAAGAAUUGCAAUUGCUCGUGCUCUAGUUCGUAAGCCAGCAGUUCUGCUUCUGGAUGAAGCCACAUCUGCUCUUGACACGGAAAGUGAAAAGAUUGUCCAGAAAGCCUUGGACAAUGCCAGGAAGGGUCGAACCUGCAUUAUUAUUGCUCACCGCUUGACGACCGUCCAGAACGCUGAUGUCGUAGCAGUGAUUCAUAAUGGAAAAGUAGUGGAACAAGGGACUCACAGCCAGCUGCUGGCAAAGGAAGGACAUUACUAUGCACUUGUAAAUGCACAAGUUUCUCAUUAACAUUCAUGUUACAAACUAAUCUAUUUAUAUAAAUACACACACAACCCACAGCUAAGUAAUAUUAAGGAUGCACCUCAUUCCUGAGAUGUCUGCAGGUUCAAUACACAGGCAUGUAGUAAAAAACAGAGACAAGACAUUUAUUUUUCCCUUGUGUCACAGCUUUAGUGUUACUUAAUCCUAUUGGUAAAAUGCUUUGGGGCGUGUUGGUUAAUUUGAAUCUGCUUUUAUAUUAAUGAUUACAAGCCUUUCGUGGAAAUAUAUACACCUCUAUCCCAAUAUAAUGUGACCCGAUAUAACACGAAUUCGAAUAUAACACGGUA